CUGCGCCGGUUUCCUACUGAGGGACGACAGGAGCAGCGCUUUGAGCACGUCCUCGCUGACUGUUACGUCUCUGCUCUCCUCCACGGCCCUUAUGAGGCGGCGUCUGCGGGUCCGGCGGAGCCUUUCCCGGCCUUGAGAUCGAAUGGAGGUCAUUCAGGCUGCCGCUGCGGCUCUUGGACAAAAGAAACAUAAACCAGGAGAUGGCUUCUCAGCAAAUAAUUUAUUCCCAGGAGAAGAAGAAAGUGAAAUUGAGACUGAGCAGAUAUCUGCUGUUGAUUAUGAGCGUGGUGAAGAAGAAGAAGAGAGAGAAGUUUAUGAGGAAGAAAGUAAUGAACAGCAAGAUAUAUUAGUUGAAGAUGAUCUGAACAAUAAUAGGAUUGAGCAUAAAUCUGGAGUGCAAGAAUGGCCAGAUGGUUCUUGCUAUAAAGGCGAAUUUUCAUUUGAUUUAAAACUUGGAUAUGGAGAAUUUGCCUGGAACAAUGGUGAGAGAUACAUAGGGCAAUUUUAUAAAGAUCACCGUCAUGGCAAAGGAAUUUACUUUUGGCCUAAUGGCUCCAGAUUUACAGGUUCAUUUUAUCUUAAUCGUAAAGAAGGGUAUGGGACCCUAGAGUUUGUGGAUGGAAAACAAUUUCAGGGGCUUUACAAGGCUGAUGAGCGUUUUGGACCAGGAAUUGAAACUUAUCCAGAUAAUAGGCAAGAUGUUGGCUUGUGGCAUCGAAACCAUAUUAUUAAACUAUGUACAGAAAUUCCUGAGCAUUUUACUCUUCUUGAUUUCCCAGAACUCAGUAUUUAUUCUGAUGCUCAGUCUAAAGAACAGUAUAUUUCAGAGGAAAGCACUUCUUUAUGGGACUUGAAUGAAGAAACGGAUCCAUUUUUCUACAGAUUCAAACGUCUUCUCCUAAAUGAUGACAACUAUACAUUGCCUGCUGAUAUGUAUAUAUAUUCAAUUGAUGCAGAUAAUCUUCCUCUUACUCAAUCCUUCUUAAAGGAGUUUGAUUUUCAAUAUUUUAAGAAAAGAAAACACCACUCUUCUGAAAAACCAUGGCAAAUAACCAACAUAACCCCUAUUCUGGUUAAGAUGCAGACAAACAUAUAUAAGUAUAGGCAUUGCCAGAGUGACAUAGUCUUGGAUAUUAAUGCCAUUAUCAAAGGCAACCGGUAUGAUUUUGGAGCUAAAGGUCCCAAAGAGCUUAUUGCUGAAGAAUUGAUUGAGAAAUCAGCAGAAGGAGACUAUAGAAGAGUUUAUGAAAUUCUGAGGGACAAUCUGGCCCAUCCUGAUGUAGCAGAUAUGAGUGGAUAUACUGCUCUUUCUGCUGCUGCUUUGAAUUAUCACGAAAACAUCAUCAACCUUCUUCUAGAUUGUGGAGCUGAUGUGAAUAAAUGCAGUGAUGAAGGAUUAUCAACUUUAUCCAUGUGUGUUGUUCACUAUUUCCCUGCAGAAGGAUUUCAGCCCAAUAUUGCUGAAAGGAAUAUCUUUUGUACUGAUCUGUUUUUUUGCUUUAUUCCCCAUCAGAAUACUGGAAAAGUUAUUAAUCUUCUGUUAGAUCACAAUGCAAAUCCAAAUGUCUUGUGGAGUGGCCAUUCCCCUCUUUCACUAGCAGUUGCUGGUGGAAAUGAACAGGCAGUAACUGAACUUCUGGCUGGUGGAGCUGACCCAAAUCUACCUUUAGGUCAAAGUAUUGGAAGUGCCUUGUGUGCUGUUGUUAAUCCUCCAUAUGAACAGCGUGGGACAAUAGCAGCUAAGAUGGCGAUGAUUGAUACUCUAAUAGCAGGAGGUGCAGAUAUGUUGCUGCCAAUUGCUCUUGUUGAUGAGGGUAGAACUGCAAUGGGGACAGUUCUGGACUAUGCAUAUUUCAAAUAUUAUCAGGAUAAAAGACUGUUGCAUACUCCCCUCCAUUCUCUGUCACCAAUAGAGAGGGAAACAUGUGCAUUUCGACGAAAGAUGCUGGAGUUUCUCAGUGACCGGGUUCGUGAGACUGUUAUUGAAAAAGAAAAACAGUGGGAUGAAGAAGAACUUAGGAAAAUCAAAAUUGCUGCUGGAGGAAUAAGAAAGAAAUCUAUAAAUCCCCUUUUAGGACCAUUACCAGAAACAGAUGCAUCAAA